AUGCGGGGCGCAGUGCUAACCAUUCCGCCGGUGACCAGGGCAGCCCUCGACGGCCGAGUUCACUCGAGGCGGUGCGGAAUUCCAAUCCACAGGUUCAGUUCUGUCGCAUUUGGUCUCGCGCGGACGAUAGCUCGACUCACCCCGAUAGAUGGCGUCUCCGGCCACGACCAUCGGAGACCUGCCCUGUCGCCAACUUUUUCCUCCUCCGGCCCGAAAAACUGGAUGCGAGAUCAACCUCCCGCCUUCGACAGCCGGAACGAGGAAUUCAAAGUCAGGGCGACUUCGAUUCCGGAGAGCGCGGGAGAGAGCAACUUGGUACCGGCGGAUGCCAAGUCUGCCGGUGGAAGCCUUAUGAAGACGCUGUAUGUUGGGGUGCUUGUUGCCCUCUGGUAUCUGUUCAACAUCUAUUUCAAUAUCUACAACAAGCAGGUACUCGCAUUUUAUCAGCUCCGGUUUUGAAUGUGGACCUUUUUGGCGACACUUCCGCGAGCUUUGUCUUGUUAUGUGUUACAAAAAAAUUCUUCUGAAUUGUAUAAAGUUAAAUUGUGCAAUCAAGGGUAUGAGCCCACUUCACUUGUUGCAAAUUAAUUUUGAGUUGUAUCGCCUGAUUCGUUCACCUGAGCGCCUUACCAAAUCAAACUCUUGUUACUCAAUCUGCUCAACUCCGUCUGACAUGUUAUGAGUGGGAUUUGGUUUGGAACUUUUCAAAUCCUAAUCCAUUUAGAAACAAAUAGGUUCACUUGAAGCUAUAGUGGGACAAACUGAGUAUGGUUUGACUUAAAAUUUAGUUGACUUCAUAGAAUUCACACGUUCUACCUAAAAGCAUGCCCAGAAAAGCCAAGAGGUAAUAAUUACUUCUGGAGGUACGGGGCAGAAGAAUACUUUUUUAAGUCCUCUUGUGCGAGUAGCAUCAAAAUAUGCAGGCAGGUGAGAUCGUAGAUUUUUGACGAAUCAAAUAGAGAUUCAUAUCUAUUAUUCAACUCGUUCAGUUAAGAUGCUUUAUAUGUUAAAUAUGAUUCGCUAUAUGGGAAUUGAAACAUUAUGGUUAAAAUAGGUACUUCAUCUGAGAUGCUUUAAAUCUACUUUAUUCUUUUUAUUAUUCGAACUGUAUCUGAGAUGAAUUUUAACAUCAUGUAGACAUUUAUAUCUCAUUCAGAGUACAAAAAUUACCUGAGAUAGUAGUAUCAUAUUUCCAUUUAUGCAUGUCGUGAAGUCAGCGUUACAUACAUUUUAAGAAAGUUUUCAGAAAGGCUUCUGUUAGAAAUUCCUGUAAAAAAAUGUAUUUGAAUAUUUAAAAUGUCUCAUCUGUUUCCAACGCCAUUUUUUAGCCAUUUGAUACGAAAAAAAUGGUUGAGGCUUUAUCUUCAGUCCACAAAGAGUUGAAUUUUGGGAAAAAAGGAGCAUAUUUUAACUAUUAUUAUUACUAUUAUUAGAUGAAAUGAGAGGCCGUUUGGGGUUUUCAAUUUUUUUGAGAGGACAACAAAUGAAAUUAAUUAACUUAAAAUUUACUGUACAUUUUUUUUUAUCUUUUACUUAUCAUAAAUGAUUUUUUCAUAUUUUAUUCAGUUUUCAAAUCUCUGAAAGUUUCAGAAUUCGUGUACAAUGAAUUUUCAGUGUUUAUUUGCCAUCCGAAAAGCAAGACAAGGUUUUUUAUUUCCUUCCGACUGCAGGAAGUUUAAUUGGAGCAUUAGCUCAGUCUAUGUAGAGAGGAUCUUCCACCAAAUGACGAAAUGAGACAAUAUCCACUAAUGCGCAUUUCUGCAUGAAUCUUCCAUUCCAAUAAAAGUUCAGGAAGAAACCUAGAAAUGUAACAAUAAGGAGACAGAAGACAUAAAUGGCCUAGUGAUAAAUCCAUCAUGCAGAAGUCACAGCACAGAUGGAUCUGAACCAAAUACAAUCGUGUGUAUGAAGUUUUGCCAUGUUAUUCUCUCCUCUAACUCCUGUAUUUUCACAUGGUAAACGUGGUAUUUAUCAUCCUUAUAUCAGUGGUUCAGUCACCAAUAUUAUAACCCAUCUAUCUGGAAUUUGGUAUCAACUAGGAUCAAGGAUCCUUAAAGAUUUGAUGUGAAUGUUUUCUUGGCGUCCUAAUAUCAACUGUCGAUGUUAACCUAAAGUUCUAAAGUUCUGGAAUGUUGACGGUACCAACUCCAUGCCUUCCUGGGCAUCACUUUAAUCUAACGUUCUUCAUUUUCUCUUACGAUCCAAAUUCUGAUGAUUGUACUUUCACCCAUGUAUUCAUCAUUCGGUCCUUUUUCUAUGAUGAAUUUUAAUUUUUUCUCACUUGUAUUUUACAACCUUGACUCCAACUUAAAAAAAUGGAAACGACAACACUUUUGCCUGCAGGUUCUAAAGGUUUAUCCUUACCCCGUAACAAUCACAACUGCCCAGUUUGCUGUGGGGACUGUAUUUGUUCUUUUUUCUUGGGCGACUAAUAUAAUAAAGAGGCCAAAAAUUACUUCAUCACAGGUUCUUACUUCUUGAUUUAUUCAUCACCUAUUUAUUAGUUUGUCUGCACAGCACUCGUGUCCUGAAUUUUGCAUCCUUGGAUUUCUUUAUGUCCUAUUUUCAGCUGCUGGUGAUGGUACCACUGGCUAUUGCGCACACACUGGGAAACCUGUUUACUAACAUGAGCCUUGGGAAAGUUGCUGUUUCUUUCACGCACACUAUUAAAGCUAUGGAGCCAUUUUUCUCCGUAUUCCUUUCAGCAGUGUUCCUUGGAGAGGUUAGUAUCUGCAUUAGAUGUUCCUAGUGCAUUAGCUUCCUAUUUUUUAGAUAUUUUCGGUUUACCAUGAGGUCUUAAUCAGCAUCAGGGAAGUAUUCAUUAAUUUUUUCCUCUCGUUAGGACACAAGACGAUAUUAUGAAACUUUCACCUUGUUCAUCACACAGAUUUGAAUGGGGUUAAUCUGAUUGACUACAUCACGUGCAAAAUUUGCAGACGCCAACCCUCCCUGUCGUGCUGUCUCUUGCACCUGUUGUUGGUGGUGUGGUGUUGGCUUCACUGACGGAAGCUUCGUUUAACUGGUAAAGUCGUCUGCUGUAUGGCAUAUACAGUUGAAACAUAGCCACAUAUUGAUCUUUUCCCCUAUAAAUUCUACUAUCCUUCAACGAGUUCAGAUUAUAAUUUGCUCACAUUGCUCUGUUCUUUCAACACCGAACAGGAUUGGCUUCUGGAGUGCUAUGGCUUCCAAUCUGACCAACCAGGGUCGUAAUGUUGUCAGCAAGAAGCUGAUGGAUCAGAAGGUCUGGUCUCUCUCACUCUCUCUCUCUCUCUCUCUCUCUCUCUCUCUCUCUCUCUCAAGAGUCUAAUAAGGUUGUCUUUGUUGCUCUAACAGUAACUUAAGAGCAUCAAAUGGAUUACUUCUGUUCCACUGUUGAAAUGCAAUCAUUCUUCUGUCAGUUUGAGACUGGCGUAUGAUUUUUUUUACUCAUACGAUUUGCAGAGUUCUCAAGUGGAAUAUGUGGUUUUACUAUUGUGCAGUCUCUACAAAAAAUAGCAUUGUUAUAAUUUUGAGUUAUAUAUUCUACAAUAUCUCUGAUAUAGUUUUUUUGUGGAUGCAACAACUAUGUAAUUGAGUUGUUUAUUUGUUUAAUAUUUUUGGUUGAUUAUUUUUUAAUUUAUUUAUUCACUAAUUGUGGUAGAUUAUUUUAUUUUUUUGUUCCCUGAGUGAUUAAUCAAAAUUCCUUGAACAGGAAUCUCUGGAUAACAUGACUAUCUUCUCAAUAAUAACGGUGAUGUCAUUCCUGCUGAUGGUCCCUGUGACCCCGCUGAUGGAAGGCAUCAAGUUUACUCCUUCCUUUUUGGAGUCUGCCGUAAGAAAGCCAUCACAGAUUGUUUCAAGGUUUCCUUUUCAAGCGAUGAAAAAUAACAUCUUAGGUAUUAAUUUGUGUUCUCUCUCUCUCUAUCUAUCUAUCUAUCUAUCCAUCUAUUAACACAGGGUCUGGACGUCAAAGAGGUUUUUGUGAGAUCCCUUCUGGCUGCCAUCUACUAUCAUGCCUACCAGCAGGUAACCACAUUUCGUAAAGCUGAAUAUUCUCUCUCUCUCUCUCUCUCUCUCUCUCUCUCUCUCUCUCUCUCUCUCUCUCUCUCUCUCUCCGCAUACACUGGGCCAUGUUGGCGUUAUCUGGGAUGGAUUUGGGCUUCCUUUAAGACCACCCCAGGGCCCAUUUCCUCAGACAUUCUCCGGGUCGGAUCGGGCUGCACUUGGAAGGCCCCGGCCCAGUCUGUCCUUGCCUGUAGCAACCAGAAUCUUUCGUUUUAUUCUACGUUAUUCGAUCCAUUCCAUCUCUCAUGCUUUGGUUUCUCUGUUCCCAAAUUUGGCAGCUUUCUUACAUGAUUCUGGCGUACAUGUCCCCCGUCACCCACUCCGUGGCGAACUGCGUGAAGCGCGUCGUUGUCAUAGUCAGCGCCGUUCUCUUCUUCAGCACCCCCGUCUCCCGGGUCAACGCCCUCGGUACUCCCCGCCCCCUCCCUCCUAUCCUUAGCAUCUGAAAGGAUCUCCCUCUCACCACUUCGCCGUCGUCCUCUCGCAGGAACCGCCAUCGCUCUCGCCGGCGUCUUCCUCUACUCCAGAGUGACGAAGCUGCGCCCGAAGAAGCCCAAGUCCGCUUGA